AUGGACUUUAAGGCAAUUGCCCAAAACUCUGCUGAAGAGGUUUUAGCUUACAAUCAAGAUAUAUCUGACUGGAAAGUGGUUAAAUCUUCAUUAAUUUAUUUCUGGAUUUUAUUCCCCUUUGAGAAAAAGGUAACUGUUUCCAGCAAGACCUCUAGAAAGUUCCUCGGAAAUCUAUAUCGUAUUGAAGGUGUAAUUCGAGAGUCAACAGCUAAGGUCUCCAAUUUCCUCUACCAACCUGAAAACAGAAUUACUUGGGAUAAAUCAUUGAAAGGAUACAAUGUGAUACACAAGAUUGAUUCGGACACAUUUAUAUGCCAUGCCAUGACACAAAGUUUUGCCAUGGGCUCAAUUUCCCCUAGAGACUUUGUCGACGUAGUCUGCAUCAAGCACUAUGAAGGGAAUAUCGACAUUAUCAGUACUAACAGUGUGGACUUCCCAGGAUAUCCUCCAUCUCCGCAUUAUAUCCGUGGUUAUAAUCAUCCUUCUGGCUAUGUGUGUUCACCUCUCAAAGAAAACCCAGCGUAUUCAAAGCUAGUGAUUUUUGUCCAGACAGAAAUGAGAGGAAAACUGCUUCCAUCGAUAAUUGAAAAAUCUAUGCCCUCCAACUUAGUGAGCUUCUUCCUCAAUGCAAAAGAUGGGAUAAAGGCACAUAAAGUUCCAUCCAUACGCGGACAUCACAAUGGGCACCCAUCAGUUACACCCAUCAGUAAAUAAAGCCA